CGGAAGUGCUUUACGUUUCCAUGAAGUCAAAGCGGUUUAUUUUGGUAUUAAGCAGCGGUUUGUUUAUAUAUAGCGUGUGUCAUGAUAGCGAGCAGAUUUUUUGCGUCUAUGCGGUUCACAAGGACCUGGCGACAUAGCUGUGUUACUGAUCCUAUAAAGAGCUUCAGACUGUGGACCUGGCGUUUAUGUUCCUCCGUCUCAGGACACAGUAAUAAUAAUAAUAAUAAUAAACACAUGAGGGUCGUUAUGGAGGACGUGCUGCGGAGGACUGUGGCUCCAGUACCGAAUUAUGAGACUAGAGAUAAAUCUCCUCCACCUCCUGACUCCAACAGCCUGGACUUCAUCCACUACUACAGAAAUCUGGGGAAGGAGCAGAGACUCGUGUUCCUGGAAAUGCUGGCCAGGGAUUAUGGAGUGGAUCACAGAGGAGCUGCAGAGAUGGCAAGGAAACUGGUCGACACCCAGUUAAGGGACUUGGCUACUAUAUUACAGGCAGAAGACAGACUGCGUUACAGUUUAACUCCAAUAUACAAACAAUUACUGAACCACAUUAGCAGGGUGGAGGGAGGGGUGAAGUUUCUGGUGGACCUCCGAGCUGAUGUUCUUGACUUUACCUCCAAAGUUACUGACAGCCCGCACUUGAGGGAUCUUAACAGCACUUUGAAGAGCCUCCUGUCUGAGUGGUUCUCUGUUGGGCUUCUCUGUUUAGAGAGGAUCACAUGGCAGUCCCCUUGUGAGCUCCUUCAGAAGAUCAGCCAGUAUGAAGCGGUGCACCCGGUGCGUAACUGGACAGACAUAAAGCGCAGAGUCGGACCUUACAGACGUUGCUACUCCUUCACACAUGCCUCCAUGCCUGGAGAACCUCUAGUAGUCUUACACGUAGCCCUUACACAAGAUAUAUCGGAUAACAUCCAGAGUAUUGUGAGAGAGUUCACCACACUGGAUGCAGUAGAGGAAGUGGACAAGAUCAAUACCGCUAUCUUCUACUCCAUCUCCUCCACCCAGGCUGGUCUGCAGGGGGUGGAGCUCGGCAAUUACCUCAUCAAGAGGGUGGUACGAGAGCUGCAGAGUGAAUUUCCUCAUAUGGCUCAGUUCUCCAGUCUCUCUCCUAUCCCUGGCUUUACAUCAUGGCUGCAGGGUUUCCUGGCUCAGUACAGGAAGGAGGGCUGUGUCACUGAGCUGUUCUCUGAACAUGAGUGGACGGAAGUGGAGGAGGCGACAGGAAGAGUUUCUGGUGCUGCUGCCCUCGAUGCCCUGCGUGCCCUCCUCGCAUCUGGAGACUGGCAUCGUUCGGAACGCUUGACACGUGCUCUGGAGCCGGUCCUGAUGCGCCUGUGUGCCUGGUAUCUGUAUGGAGAGAAACGACGUGGUUAUGCCCUCAACCCUGUCGCCAACUUUCACCUCCAGAACGGCGCCACCCUCUGGAGGCUCAACUGGCAUGCCGAUACUAGCCCUAGAGGCAUCGCCAACUCGUGCGGCAUCAUGGUCAACUAUCGGUAUUUCCUGCAGGAUACUGCCAUCAACAGCAGAACCUACCUGCACAACAAAGUCAUCACAGCCUCGGACCACGUGCUCAACCUCGUCGAACAGUUCCAGAAGAAAAGCAAACUCUGAACAAAUUAAUCAGAACAAUACAAGUUUUACACAAGUUUUAUAAGAGGAGACCGCAAGCUUUGGACUCAUAGUUCCAGAAUGAAAUCUAGUUAUACAGUCUAAUCUAAUCUAAUCUAAUCUGAUAGUUAGCAGAGAAUCUGCUCAGCUGUUUAGCCAUGUGCAAGUUGAAAAGCACAAUGGUGAUGAAUUUGGAGCAUAAGAGAAUUUGGAUGUAUAAGAGCUGGGCAGAGUAAAGAACGAAACUAAAGUCUCUUUAGAUGGAGACAAGCUCCAACUGGGAUCUCCAAUACCUGGUAGUCGAACAGGAGGAUUUUCCCUUUGAGUUUACACAGUCGGCACUGAAAGCUUCCACAGUACCACUAUAAGAUUGAGUACUUGCUUAUUUUUCUCAUGAUUAUAAGCAUUAAGUCAACACACCAAAUGAUGGUUCUUAUCAACAAAAGCUUUCCGAAAGUGAACUGUAUGGAUAUCACUAUUAGACAGGUUAACUUUAAAAAAAAAAAAAAAAAAGCCAUGUUGUUUAAAGCAUGCAGGUUUUAUAUGAGGGAUUAUUUAGGUUUUUAAAUGGUUUGAGCUUCAGUUGUAAACACAAAUUUAUCACAAAAUGUUUUAACAUGAUCCUCUUGUAGGUAAAAACAUAAACAGUCCAGUUUUUCAGUCCAUUCAUUCAUUUCAAAAUUUGCUUGUGUGGUUCCUUUCAGCACAAAUAACACAAGUAUUAUUUCACUGCAGACUUGUGUGGUUUUGAAAGACUAGGAGUAACGAGGUGAGGAGAAUCUAUCAGAGCCUGUCAUGUCCCUACUUCACAUUGUGCGUUUGAGAGAACGAGGCAGAGCGAGUGGGCGGAGCCUGCUGGAAGAAAUGAGGCUUUGAUUUCUUUAUUUCUGCGAUGUCCAUUAGGCUGAAGCGCUCGCACAUGUCAUGCCAGCCCUUAUUCUUUUUUUCUCCUCAUAUACCAAGAGAAGUAUGGCGGAUAAGUGAACAAUUUAUAAGAAUGUGUUUUUGCUUCAGCCUAGAUUUAUGUAUAUAUUGAUUCAUUUGUAAUAAACGAUGGUCUGCAAUCA